UAGUGACAUCGGUGCAGCUUUAAUCUUCCACCACCACCAUGAGCAGCCCCAACGCAAGCGGCGGCAGCCUUUCGAUAGACGAGGAGGAGACGUUGGAGACACGGAUCCGGAGACUGAUAUCCGAGCACCCACUAAUCAUCUUCAGCCGAUCAUCUUGUUGCAUGUGCCAUGUCAUGAAGAAGCUCCUGGCCACCAUCGGUGUUCACCCUACCGUCAUCGAACUCGAUGACCACGAGUUUACUUCCCUCCCUGUACCCUCUUCUCACGGUGGCCUCUCCUCCCGGAGUCUAUCUCCCGCCGUCUUCAUUGGCGGAACCUUCGUCGGCGGACUCGAAUCCCUCGUCGCUCUCCACCUUGGUGGCCACCUCAUCCCAAAGCUCGUCGAAGUUGGCGUUCUCUGGGUAUGAUACAUAUAUAUAAUCAUAAUAGUAUUAAAAAUAAUAUAAAUCAAUCUGCCAUUUUCUCUGCUUUUUUAUUUUCAGUUGGGGCAGUCCACUUCCAAAAGAGAAGUAAAUUCCUGCUUCUUCCUUCCU